AGGUCCUCAAGAUCUGAACUCCGGAACAUGAAUCAGUGCCGUCUUUGGAAAUAAGACAUCUUUUCAGUAAGAGUAGCUAGUAGAUUCCAUCAAAUUUUUGUACGCCCACUGAAGAUUCGAUUUCGAAUUCCAGUCCUCUCGCGAUGGAUCUUUAUGUUAAGUGAGCUUUAAGAUCAUGAUGUGAUAGCGAGGUUUUAUGCCUCAGUCAUCUGAUUCGUUUUGAGUGCUAGUUGGAAGAGCAGAUACACGGUUGAUGUCAACAUAGAAGAGACAGUCUCUUUUUCAUCGCAACGUCAUGGAGUCUGUCACAGGUGUUUUUGGCAGUAUAAUCGAUUCCGUUGUUGGGGACCCAGAUGACGAUGUCGAGGUAGAGGAUCGGAUAGGGCACCAGCAAGCGCCAUCCCGGCAAAGCCAGUCUGGGCGACUCCGCCCGCGCGCGGCAGGCAGCGGUGGAAACGGUUCAGCGCCCGCGUUUGGUGCACCCCCUCCAAGCGGCGGCACGGACAGGAUGGCGCCACGGCCGAAACCAGUGUCUGAACAAAGCAGGGGAGCAUCGUCUGCGUCCGCAGCUUCCUCCUACAACUCGUCCUACAAGCCAAAUGCAAGUAGUGGGAGCAGUGCCAGGAUCACAGCUCCCCAAGGAAAAGAUCUCUCCUCCGCGGCCAGGCAGAGUCUGAAUGCAGCGACACAAAAUCAGAAGCGGGCGCCGCCUGACAUUCGAGCAGAUGAAGCGACGGCGAGUUUCAAUCCGAGACAACGGAGCAGUCUAGUGGGAUCCGCAUCAGGACCUAGUAUCUCUACCGUAGCACAGCCGGCACCUCCACGCAGUCGCGCGUCGACUUCGUCCACGGCCUCUGCGACAGAAGAGACCAUUCGAUUGAUUCAGGAGAAAAAGGAGGCGCAGCUGAAGGAGCAGAAAAAGCGGGAGUGGGUUGAACAGAGCAAGUGGAACUAUGGGGAGACCUCGCACGAUUACUACGAGUACAGCAGCUGGAACCCGGCCUACUUCAUCCCCGCCGCUGCGAAACUUACCAGCACGACACUGGGCACCACGGGCAUCGCCUUAGCCUACGCCUGGGGCAACGUGCAACGGGCGGUGAUGGGGCACGAGCUGCACGAUCAAACCACGCUCAAAGGGGCGAUCGCCGCCUGGUUUCGGUUGAACGGAAUCUCGAUCACGACAAGUUGGCCCAAGCACGAGACUGAGGAAAACUUGACCGAGUGCCCGAUUCUGGUGUGCAAUCACAUCAGCUAUGUGGACGGCAUGCUGGUCACCUCCGAGCUCGACCACCCGAAGGUGAUGGCGAAAACCGAACUCCGCAGCUUGCCGAUGAUAGGAGACUUCAUGGACGGCAUGGGCACUGUUUGGGUAUAUUUAUGCUUUACAAUUUCAAUCCGCGCUUCUAAAACAGGCACUGUGUUUCCUUGUACUGUUUCUUAGAAGUGAAGAAGAGAUCCUCGAUAAGGAUGAUGUACGCUUUUUGGCCGCGAUCGGUUGUCUGCAUGAAAGCCUAUGAACGCAAGCGACUCUGACUCUAUUUCCGAUAUUUUUCAGGUCGACCGUCAGCAGGCAGGUAGCCGCGAGGCCGCACGGAAAGCGAUCGAGGACCACGUGAAGCAGUGGAGACCGGGGCAUAAAGCUAUGCUGAUCUUUCCCGAGGGUUCCACGACCAGCGGGCACACCGUGGGCGAGUUCAAGUUGGGCGCUUUUCGGCCGGGGCUGCCGGUGAGACCCAUCGUAUUGCUGUAUUUCGGCGCUUCGGACAUUUCCAAUCCGAUGUUCAAGAAGACCAGCGACGGGAAGCUCGAGGAGUUUUCGGACGCGCAGUGGUUCGGGAACUGGCUCGGGGCCGGCUUUGUCUCUGCGCUGGUGAAGGUGUGCCGCAUCUAUUACCCGACAGAAGAGGAGAAGCAGGAUGCUGAGCUGUACGCGCGCAACGUGCAGCUGCACAUGAAAUACGAGUACGACCGGCUGCGCAAGAAGCACGCGGAGUACCAGAAGAAACGGAAAGAGGAGAUGGAGAACUGGGGCCUCGGGUGGACGGUGCCCGAGUCGCCCGAGAUCAAGCACGCCAACGAGGUAAUGCAAGGCCACGACUUUCGGCCCUUUACCGAGGAGGAACUGAAGCGUGCGAAGGGAGCCAUUUUGGCGCGGAAAGCCAAAGCGAAACAGGAGAUGAGCGAGAAGAUACGAAUUGCGAACCAAGCGCGGAAUCAAGCGGGUCGGUACUACACAGCGGGCAUGAUAAAUAGCGCGGCUGCAGGUGGCGGAGCUAGUAGCACCACCGGUCCGCAAGUAGACAACAAGUCUUCGUCUCCGGUCCCGUUCCCGCAGCCGCGGAAGGGCAGAGCUGGAUCUUCUAGUUCGCGAGGACCAGCACCAGGAUCUUUAGUCGAUCGCGAUGGUUUCUCGUACCGACCUACCGAGUCACUGCAGUCCUUUAUCGGGGACGAAACAGAGGUGCGAAAGCUCGACGAAGAUGUAGGGGGGACGACAGGACCAAAACCUGUAGACGCAAACACAACGCCGAGACUUGGCACAUCCGCAUCGCAGAACGACAGGAAAGCAGAUGGUACUUCUACGCGGGUCGGUCCAAAUACGAACAAAAUCAAGCAGAGCGAGCGAGAUACUGGUGUAGCGGCUGCGUCCUCUUCCACCUCUCCCCAGCUGAACUCCCCCUCGCCACCGAUGCGUAGCUCCCCUUCUGUAGAUCUGUUUCCGAGCCGCCGCGAGUCGUUGGGGAGCCAGAACGGCGAGGAGGAAGAGGAAGCGUUGUUUGGCCGAAUGGACCAGAACGCGCUGGAUGGCGAACUCGAAGCGGAACUCCUUGCUCAGCGCGAAAGGAGUGAAGCCAACAAAGACGGAGCCGCUCUGCGUGAAGGGAACAGCGCAGCACGAGCGGCGUCGGAAGCAAGAAGUCCACCUGGAGCAAAGACGCGACACGGCUAAGGCAGUGCGCACCGGCUGCGUCAAACAAGCGACUAAGUUUUUGUGUUGUACCCGCCCCCGCCCAGAUGUACCAGCACCCGACGAAGGCGAUCACCGAUGAAUGGAAGUGAAAAACUCAUACCCCUUCAAUUAGCAAGCACUUCGAUUUCAUCUGUUCGUUGUUUGUCGUUUUAAGCCCGGUGUACUGCUCCAAGCGAGAUAGCACGAGCGAAGCCGAGUUUAUAAUUUUGAUGAGAUACCCAUACCAAUUCCCAUCCUCACACCCCCGAGAAACAAAAAAAACACCAACGCACCCUGAGCUGCAUCCCGACAGACCUCCAUUUG